GCGAAAAUGCAGGAUAUGAGCUGUGAUUAAUGCCAAAGCAUAAAAACAGAGUUUUUUUUUUGAUGGGGGACGCUCAGGAUAGACUUGUUCAUCUUCUCCCCAUUUCAUCCUCUAGGAAAGGAUCGUCGAGAUUUCAAGCUCCUUUUACCUAGUUUAUAUCGAUGGCCUUGGACGUGCCGGCAUUCCUUCUGUCUCCAUCUGGACCUGUUUCAAGCGCUCCGAAUUCCGACCCACAGAAAAAGAAAUAUAUGGAUGAAAAACUAAGCGAGGAGGGGUUACAGAAGGAAGGUAGAGUCGCUCAUUCUUGAACUUGGAGGGCAAAAGAAAGAUAGAAAUCAUUACAUUGUUUGACAAACGCUUGACGUUAUCUCCCCAUCACCAUCUGAAACAUCUUUUCCUGAGCUAAAUGCAAAAACGGAAAUGAAUGCAUCGUUGGCCUUUUUCCUAUGCAGUGUACUAGUUCUUCUUAUUGUGCUGGUUCUCUUUGCUGUUUUAUGGAAGCAUAGAAAGUGUAAAUUAACUAACAUAUGGAGAUCAAAAAAGUUCUCAACCAAUGGUCCUUCUGAUCUUCCAGAACAUUUUAGCAGUGAUCUUCGAACAAUCUAUCAUUUUGACUAUCACACUCUCAAAAGAGCAACAGGGAACUUCCAUCCAAGGAACCAACUUGGAAAAGGUGGCUUUGGACCAGUCUAUCAGGGAAGACUUGAUGAUGGAAGGAGAAUAGCUGUUAAGCAAUUGUGCAUUGGAGGAAAGUCUGGACAAGGAGAGUCUGAGUUUCUUGCAGAAGUGAGGAUGCUAACAAGCAUCCAGCACAAGAAUUUGGUUCGCCUCAUCGGUUGUUGCUCCGAGGGAUCACAGAGACUGGUUGUCUAUGAAUUCAUGAAGAACAGGAGCUUGGAUUGCUUAAUAUAUGAGAACAGUGAGAUAUUUCUCAGCUGGAAAAUCCGGUUUCAAAUCAUUGUUGGGAUAGCCAGGGGAUUACAGUAUCUGCAUGAGGAUUCAAACUUAAGGAUUGUACAUAGAGAUAUCAAGGCUAGCAAUAUUCUCUUGAAUGAUAAAUUUCAGCCUAAAAUCAGUGAUUUUGGGCUGGCAAGGUUAUUCCCAGAAGAUGAAGCAUAUCUCAGCGGACAAUUUGCAGGAACCCUAGGAUAUACCGCACCUGAAUAUGCUAUCAAAGGAGAACUAUCAGAAAAGGCUGACAUCUAUAGCUUUGGAGUUCUCACUCUGGAGAUCAUCUGUAGCAGGAAGAAUACUGACCUAACUCUACCAGCCAAAAUGCAAUAUCUCCCGGAAUAUGCUUGGAAGCUUUACGAGAGCUCGAUCGUGCUCGACCUGGUUGAUCCUAGACUAAAAGCAGAUAAAUUUGAGGAAGAUGAUGUCUUAUAUGUUUGUCAAGUGGCUCUAUUAUGUCUGCAGCCAUAUCCAAGCUUAAGACCAUCAAUGUCAGAAGUGGUUGCCAUGCUAACUAGCAAAACAAAGCAAAUUGCUUCUCCUGUGAAGCCGGCAUUUUUGGAUCGAAAGCGUGAAAUCGACAUGGACAUCACUUCACCAUUUUCUUGUGAGAUCGUUUCUGAAUUUUUUCCAUCACCUGCAAGUGAUUCUAUCAUUUUACCCCCAAAAUUGGAAGGAAAGUCUUCAUCAUCAUAGUUACAGGUUGUUGAAGCUCUUGUGAUCACUUCAAUCAUCAAGGGAUAUCAAAGUGAAAUGGUGAAUUAUCACACUUCACUUGAGUUUGGAGAGUGCCUUUUCUCCUGUGAUCGGCAUCAAUUCUUUUUUUUCAUUUUUGUUGUCAAUAAAGGAAGGUUAACGGCAACAGCCUUUCAAGCAUUCAAGCUUCGUUUCGGACAGCUUUCUUAUUGCUUUCUAUAGCAACUUUUUAGUACAAAAAUUUCUUGAAAAAACCGUGAUCAAAUUAGUCCCAAACGAAGCCUCAAUCAGUCGAAAUUGAAGAAGAAGAGUCAGAUGAGAAUGCUGGAAAUUGAGGCAGUCUUUUGCUCUGGAAUUUAUAUGGUUUUACUAAGGCCACUUGUAAAAUAUAUAUGACCUAUUGAAUAUUUUAUAAAGCGUUGUACAUAAGCACAUAUUAUGACGAUUCUUAUGUAA